AUGCGUCUUUUACAUACGACAAAGCUUCGUCUUGAGGAAUUCUGGGGUGGAAACAUACCACCCUACGCUAUUCUUUCACAUAUAUGGGGAGAGGAUGAAGUGUCUUUCCAGCAAAUUACAACGGAUGUGGGGAAUCAACAUCGAGGCUACGAAAAGAUCACAAGUGCCUGCACCUUGGCCGCGAGCGAUGAAUUCGACUACAUAUGGAUUGACACGUGCUGUAUUGAUAGGUCAAGCAGCGCAGAACUGUCAGAGGCAAUCAAUUCAAUGUUUCGAUGGUACAAAGAGUCCAACACAUGCUACGUCUAUCUGGCCGAUGUUAAAGUUCCAUCUAGCUCUAACAAUUACAAUGGGAUCGGUCUCCUAGAGCAAAUCUCAGGAAGUCGAUGGUUCACAAGAGGAUGGACUCUUCAAGAGCUCAUCGCUCCAUCUAAUGUGGUCUUUCUCGAUGUCACAUGGGAACUAUUGGGCACCAAGUCGAGUCUUCAGUCCGAAAUAUCUGAUCUCACUGGCAUACCUGAGUCUAUCCUCCAGGGAUCUGACCUCGCAUCUGCCAGUGUAGCGCAAAGAAUGUCAUGGGCCUCCCAGAGGAUGACUACGCGGGUCGAGGAUAUUGCCUAUUGUUUGAUGGGCCUGUUCGGCGUGAAUAUGCCUAUGCUAUAUGGCGAAGGAGAUAAUGCUUUUAUAAGGCUCCAAAAUGAAAUCUUGAAGGUAUCUGACGAUCAUAGCAUCUUUGCCUGGAAAUCAGACGAUGCCCGUGGGGGGCUUUUAGCUACUAGCCCAGCUUCAUUCCGGAUGUCCAGCAAAUUUAUCCCAUCAAAAUCUUUUAGCAAAUCAAGCUUUUCGACCAACAGGGGCAUUCGUCUGAAUGUUCGCUUUGUGGAUACGAAGAAUUCCCAAGCAGUUCGACUUGCCGUUGUUUCCUGCGCAGAGGAAGGAAAAUCAGGCAACUUUGUUGGAAUAUAUUUGAAAGAAUCGCCAGCUUUUGACAAGGGCUGUUUCGUGAGGACAAGAAGCGACAGACUACGGCUAGUCAAUCUAAAAAAGGUCAGAAGGUCAGAAUAUCCAGAACAAACGAUAUUCGUCCAGCGAGAACAUAAUGUCGGGUCGGUCCUUGGCAACAAGAAAACUUUGUCGAGGAUUAGCGAACAACUGGGCGAUGAUUAUGAUUCCGGCUCCGAUAUUGCUAGCAUAUUCUCAGAUGGGAGAACAUCGACCUCGUCGGUGUCAACAGCAAAUUUGAAUCACUUUCAAACAACCGGUGUUCGCGAGGUUGCUCGGGCGCUGUUAAGUCAGGACAUGUUGAAAUCCUUGUACAUAACAGCAGUGUGUAAUCUCGAAAGACGGAAAGCACGUGUACAUAUUCGAGGUUUCCUCAAGGAAUACGGUCGGAAUCUUCUGAAGGAGGCAUUCGCUGUCAGUCUUCAAGUACAAGCUGCUAAGUUCGUACAAGAGCUGGCGGGACAUAUUGCCGAUGAAAUUAGUUGGAGCAUUACUGGAUUUGAAAAUGUCAACCGACCACCAGAGAUAAAAUCAGAGCAUAAAGACUUAGAAACAUGGCUGUCGUCGGUUCGAGUUCAAAGUGGUCAUGCUGAAGAGUCCGUAGCGCCAGACUUCGCAGUAAAUGUUGAUGAGGUAUUUGAACAGGAGCAGUCGGACGAGGAGCUUGAUGGCGGUCUUCAAUUCCCCAACAUUGAUAAAGUCAAGGAUUUUCUUCUCAGGUCGAAAGCCUUUGGAACACUUGUCGCAGCGAUGCGAACCUGGCUGAAAGUUGAGGUAAGAAGCAGUAGUGGAGAACCCAGGCCUGCACUACCUGGCAUUCUGAAUAACCAAGACCAGAAGGUGGAUAAGGCACCCGAAAACUUGGUUAUAUCCGGGUCUUUCCGGCAACACACUAAAGACAUGGAAAAUUUGGCCACUGAAGCUUCGAUUAAUUUACGCCAAAAUUCAAUCCACGUAGCAGACACGAGGUCGAUUCCUCGCCAAAGCCGAGGUAGUGUAAGCGACUUUUUUUUCAGUCUCUUAGAUUACCAGGGCAUCUCUUUUUACCUUUAUGACUUUGUGGAGCUUUUUGUACCCCUAGUCCGACCAGGGUUUAAAAGGCUCAGAUGGCGUUGCUCCUGCGAUGUUAUUCUAUGGGGAGACUUCCCGGUUGACGAAGAACCUGCUUUGGAUCUGCUGAAGCGAGAAUUAUCAUGGCAGAAAGUACCUUUUACUCAAAAUGUCGCAGGCAGAGGUCCUUUGUCUCGACCGAAUGUGGACUCAAAACCUGGUGGAUCUGCAACUAUUCCUCUUGAGCCUAUAGGUCCAUUUGCGCCUUCGAUCCAACCUAAAUUCUUACAACCAAGGGGCUUGUCUAGCCUGAACCGAGCAAGUGUUUCAGGUUCUUUCCUGUCUACUCAGAGCCAUAUAGUACACGUCACCACAUCGCCCAAAUUCUUCGAAGUUUGUAUCAAUAUCGGCAAUUUUGCUAUCGAACACCAUGAAGUCGAUAUUUCACAUGUGUCAUCCGACAGCGAGCUGUUCGCGUUAAUUUGGGACAAGUACAACUCUAGCCGGGGUAUUGGAUUACGGCGACUCUUUCUCCGACCCCGUAACGUUGAUUUUGUUAUGUUUUCAGUCAGUCGUGGUGUUAAAUACGGGACCGGUAUUCACAAAAAGCCCGACGAGUUUCCACCUCCAACUGAGAUCGAAAAGAAGCGCUACCACUACCUUCAUCCCAAAAUCAGAAUGCCUGUCAACGUCUUCCUACAUUACCUCCAUCGCGCUCGGUGGAAUAUAUUUGGCGAGCACGCCGAGACAACCUGGCUUCGACGUCUUCCUAAAAAGCUGAAUGAGAGCAUAUUGACGCAAGCUCUACCAUACGACGCGGCGAACCAAAACGACCAGCAAGAGGUGCCCAUGACAGACCCAAAUUUGGCAUUUGGAUGGGGAGUCCACAUUAUCGAUGGGCCUAAUCAUGCUGUGCUUGGUGUGUUACUUGCUAUCAGUAUCGGCGUUGCAUUCCUCGUUUCUGGGUUGAUUGUGGGAUUUGCGAAGACACAGGAGCAAGGAUUUGGGGUCGGAAGUUUUCUUCUUACUAUCUUUGCCAGCAUCAUGGCUGCUAUGUAUUUUCAACUUCAGGAUCAGUAG